AUGUUUAUUCAAAUAUCAAUGAUGUUUCUUUUGGUAUUGUUUAUGAGUUGUUUUUCUCUUGGGAGAGGCAUAGAUUGUGGUGGUAAUAAAGUUGCAAACACCAUCAUUGUUGAUCAAGGGGGAAAAGGAGCAUUUAAAACAGUUCAAGCUGCCAUUGAUUCUGUUAAGAAUCCAAAUGAUCGAUGGGUUCUAAUUAAAAUAAAUCCUGGUGUAUACAAGGAAAAAGUUCUUAUUCAUCCAAGAAAUGCAACAUUUCAUUCUUCUCCACCUAAUGUAGUUUUGAGUGGCAUUACAUUCAAGAACACACAUGGUACUGAAGGACCAGCAGUAGCAGCUUCAAUAUAUGGUGACAAGACUGCAAUUUUUGAAUGUAGUUUCACUGGUUAUCAAGAUACGUUGCUUUCAUCAAAGCGGCGUCAAUAUUUCAAAAAUUGUUAUGUUGAAGGUGAAACUGAUUUUAUUUUUGGUGAAGGUCAAUCUUAUUUCGAGAAUUGUAAGAUCAAUGCCACUCAAGCGAAGUCGAUACCCGUAGGUUUUGUCACCGCACAACGUAGAGAUUCAUCGAAUAAUCCAAAUGGUUAUGUUUUUAAAGGAGGACGCAUAGAUGGAAAUGGUCAAGUGAAUCUUGGUAGACCUUGGGGUCCUUACUCAAGAGUUAUAUUUUGGGAAACAUAUUUUUCGUCUGUGGUAACUCCUCAAGGAUGGGAUCUCUGGAAUUUAACAAUUGGUGAUGCGCAAAAUACUGUCUUUGCUGAAGUAAAUUGUACAGGACCAGGGGCCAAUACUGAGAAACGAGUUGGGUGGGAGAAGAAACCAAGUAGCUUAAACUUAAAUGAAUAUAGUUUGUCGUCUUUCAUAAAUAAGGAUGGAUGGCUUGAUGAUUUACCAUCAAUGUAA